CCAAUUUAUUCGACGGAAAACAAAACAUGACUUACCAUAAUAUCUUUUUUUGGCUCUUUUUGGUCCUGCUUCUUCGGAACUCUGUAUUUGCUGAAGAUGGAGAAAUAAGAUCAAGUUGUCGGACGGCUCCAACAGACUUAGUUUUUAUCUUAGACGGCUCUUACAGUGUUGGUCCAGAAAAUUUUGAAAUAGUAAAAAACUGGCUUGUCAAUAUCACAAAAAACUUUGAUAUAGGGCCAAAGUUCAUCCAGGUUGGAGUGGUCCAAUACAGUGACUAUCCUGUCCUAGAGAUUCCCCUGGGAAGCCACGAUUCGGGAGAGAAGUUGCUGGCAGCGAUGGAAUCCAUACACUACUUAGGAGGAAACACGCGGACUGGAAAAGCCAUCCAGUUUGCACUCGAUUACCUCUUUGCCAAAUCCUCACGUUUUCUGACCAAGAUAGCAGUCGUACUCACAGAUGGCAAAUCCCAAGAUGAAGUAAAGGAGGCAGCAGAAGCAGCAAGAGACAAUAAGAUCACUUUGUUUGCUAUUGGUGUGGGCUCAGAAACAGAAGAUGCAGAGCUUAGAGCAAUUGCCAACAAGCCUUCGUCCACUUAUGUGUUUUAUGUGGAAGAUUAUAUUGCAAUAUCCAAGAUCAGGGAGGUGAUGAAACAGAAACUUUGCGAAGAGUCUGUCUGUCCGACAAGAAUUCCAGUGAUAGCUCGUGAUGAAAAGGGAUUUGAUAUUCUUUUAGGCUUGGGUGUGAAAAAAAAGGUUAAAAAAAGAAUCCAACUUUCACCAACAAAGAUAAAAGGAUAUGAAGUAACAUCAAAAGUUGAUUUAUCAGAAUUCACAAGCAAUGUCUUCCCAGAAGGCCUUCCUCCGUCAUAUGUAUUCGUCUCAACACAGAGAUUUAAGGUCAAGAAAAUGUGGGAUUUGUGGAGGAUUUUAACAAUUGAUGGAAGACCGCAAAUAGCAGUUACCUUAAAUGGCGUGGAUAAAACCUUACUAUUCACAACAACCAGUAUAAUCAAUGGCUCACAAGUGGUCAUUUUUUCCGAUCCUCCAGUGAAGAAAUUGUUUGAUGAAAACUGGCAUCAGAUUCGUCUUUUAGUGACAGAAGAAGAUGUAACACUUUAUAUUGACGAUCAACAGAUUCAAAAUAAGCCCUUACAUCCAGUUUUAGGGAUCUUCAUCAGUGGCCAAACCCAAAUAGGAAAAUAUUCUGGAAAAGAAGAAACUGUUCAGUUUGAUGUCCAGAAGUUGCGUAUCUACUGUGACCCAGAACAGAACAACCGGGAGACAGCAUGUGAAAUACCUGGAUUUAAUGGUGAGUGCCUCAAUGGUCCCAGUGAUGUGGGUGCAACUUCAGCUCCCUGUGUUUGCCCCCCGGGGAAACCAGGACUGCAAGGACCCAAGGGUGACCCAGGACAGCCUGGGAACCCUGGCUACCCUGGACAACCUGGUCAAGAUGGUAAGCCUGGGUAUCAGGGACUCUCAGGAUCCCCCGGUGUUCCAGGAUCUCCAGGAAUACAAGGAGCUCGAGGACUGCCAGGUUACAAAGGAGAACCAGGGAGAGAUGGUGAAAAGGGUGACCGUGGACUUCCUGGUUUCCCUGGGCUUCAUGGAAUGACAGGAUCAAAGGGUGAAAUGGGCUCCAAGGGACAUAAAGGAUCUCCUGGAUUUUAUGGCAAAAAGGGUGCAAAAGGUGAAAAGGGAAAUGCUGGUUAUCCUGGCCUUCCUGGACGUGCUGGAGAACCAGGAAGGGAUGGAAAGGAUGGAUUACCUGGUAGUCCUGGUUACAAGGGAGAAGCAGGACCAGCAGGGGCUCCAGGACAGGAUGGACCUCGGGGAGAGCCUGGGAUUCCAGGGUUUCCAGGAAACCAAGGAUUAAUGGGACAAAAGGGAGAAACUGGGUCUCCAGGACCACAAGGAAAAAAGGGAGCUCCCGGAAUACCUGGUUUGAUGGGAAAUGAUGGUUUGCCAGGCCAUCCAGGGACACCAGGAUCCAAGGGAACCAAGGGUGAACCCGGACAUCAAGGGAUUUCUGGAGCUUCCGGGCUCAAGGGAGAUAAAGGAGCGAUGGGGCCCCCAGGAGAGCCAGGAUACCUGGGUUUACCUGGGAUGCAAGGAAAAAGGGGGGACAAAGGAAGUCAAGGUGAAAAGGGCAUUCAGGGUCAAAAGGGAGAAAAUGGAAGACAAGGGAAUCCAGGACAACAGGGAGUUCAAGGCCAUCGUGGCGAAAAAGGAGAGAGAGGUGAAAAGGGAGAACCAGGGAUCAGAGGAGCCACUGGAACAAAAGGAGAAACUGGGGUGAAUGGACCCCUGGGGCCUGCAGGCCCCCAGGGGCAUCCAGGGGCAACCGGGCCUCGGGGACCCCCAGGAUUAAAUGGAAAACCCGCAAGGGAAUUUUCAGAACAGUUUAUUCGACAAGUUUGUGCAGAUGUAAUAAGAGCCCAGCUACCAAUCUUACUUCAGAGUGGAAGAAUCCAAAGUUGUGACCGCUGCCAGCCCCAGCGUGGUUCCCCAGGUAUUCCUGGACCGCCUGGGCCCAUAGGUCCUGAAGGGCCUCGGGGACUCCCAGGCUUGCCAGGUGGAGAUGGUGUUCCCGGAUUGAUGGGUGCUCCAGGGCGCCCAGGGCCCAGAGGACUAAAAGGCCUACCAGGAAGAAAUGGGGCAAAGGGGAACCAAGGGUUUGGGUACCCUGGAGAACAAGGUCCUCCUGGCCCACCAGGUCCAGAGGGUCCUCCUGGGAUAAGCAAAGAAGGUCCCCCAGGAGACCCAGGUCUCCCUGGCAAAGAAGGAGACCAUGGAAAGCCUGGGAUCCAGGGGCAGCCGGGGCCCCCUGGCAUCUGUGAUCCAUCACUGUGCUUCAGUGUAAUGGUUGGGAGAGACCCAUUUAGAAAAGGACCAAACUAUUAGUUUCUGGUGCCUCGUUGCGCAAACCUGGCGUGGUGCUUUUCUUUUGUGGUCUUUUGCAUCUCAGGAAGAAAACGAACAGUAAUUCCUUUAACAGAAACUAAAGUACCUCGGUGUUUUAUUA